AUGGAUGAGGUGUCGGGAUUGCAGUGGCUUUGGGAGCUGCCGGAGAAUUCGAUUGAAGUAAAUGCUCUUAAUAUGAAAUCUAGAGGAUUGUUUUCGGUUUCAAAUCCAGAGAAAACAGAACGCAUGGAAUUUAGAACCCUUGAUCCUAACUCUCCACAAGGAAUUAGAACCCUUGAUCCUAACUCUCCACAAGGAAUUAGAACCCUUGAUCCUAACUCUCCACAAGGAAUUAGAACCCUUGAUCCUAACUCUCCACAAGGAAUUAGAACCCUUGAUCCUAACUCUCCACAAGGAAUUAGAACCCUUGAUCCUAACUCUCCACAAGGAAUUAGAACCCUUGAUCCUAACUCUCCACAAGGAAUUAGAACCCUUGAUCCUAACUCUUCACAAGGAAUUAGAACCCUUGAUCCUAACUCUCCACAAGGAAUUAGAACCCUUGAUCCUAACUCUCCACAAGGAAUUAGAACCCUUGAUCCUAACUCUCCACAAGGAAUUAGAACCCUUGAUCCUAACUCUCCACAAGGAAUUAGAACCCUUGAUCCUAACUCUCCACAAGGAAUUAGAACCCUCGUCACCUAG